ACGAUUUGCAGUUGGCGAAGCUUUUCUUCGUCGAGGAUGAAGAGGCUGGCGAGAAAAUGGAAGAAUGGUAGCGAUGACGACGAAGAAGACGACGACGGAAAAUCCUGCCUUCCGACGAGCUCCGAUUUCCAUCCAAUGGAUACCGAAGAGCAGGAGGAGCUGGUUAGAUCGCUUGAAAGGUCUCUAGCUCAACAAUCUCGUUUCUGGAGGCGCGUGUUUGCGGGCUUGCAUUGUUGCUUUGUGGCAUUUCUCAUUUUCUCCAUUCAUGGACAAACAACAAUGCCAUGGGAAUUGCGUUACCAUGCCUACUUCAUGGAUGAGAUUGAAUCAUGGACUGUAAUUGCUGCAGAGUGGGCAGCGGUUUUCGUGUCUUUUAUGGCUGUAGCUGGCUUGCUUCGUAGCUCACGAUCUCAGAGACGAUGGCUUUGGUUCUCUUGCUGUUUUGGUGCUUUGCUAGCGGUUUUCUGGUUGUAUAAUAUGCUCAAGCUGCCGACAUUUCGAUGGGAUGUUAUCUGGCUUCCUUUAGGUCCCUUGAGUGGAGCCGGGUUUUCGCUCUACGUAGAUCAUCUUAUGAACGAAUCAUCGGAGGAAGUUAGAAAACUUCGAAGCUACAUGUACUCUUACAAGUCCCAUUGAAUGAAGGUUAUUUUGGUGUACUGAAGGCAUGCAAUAAAUUUUGUACAUUAGAUGGAGAUGAAUGAGAUUUUUUGGUCCUUAUUUUGGAUAUAAAUCCAGCAUAAAUAAAUACGUGACUUUUUUUAGAUAUAU